GCGAUACAUUGUUGACCCGCAACACCGGCUAAACAUCAACCUUCAUCAUCAUCAGCCUAUAAGUGCCCACUUCUGAGCAAAGGCCUCUUCUCACACGGAGAAGGUUUGAGCGUUAAUCACCACGCUUGCUUAAUGCGGGUUGGCGAUUUCAAACUUAUAAUUAGAACUCAUGAGUCCAGGUUUCUUCACGAUGUUUACCUUCACCGUAUGUCAGUGGUGUCGAAAUAAUUUUUUUUUCUUUAAAAAAAAUCUUUGCCCCACAUUAGGAUUUUCUCCUAUGUCGUGGGUGCGGUUACAAACAUACAAUUUCACAUACACAUGACACCCAGACCCGGAACAACAAUUUGUAGAUCACUCAAGACUUGUUCCGUGCGGGAAUCGAACCCGCGACACGUUGCACGGCUGCCAGUGG